GUUAUACGAGGUCCCAUAUUUGCGUAUCAUUGCAUUGCACGCAAACACGCACUCUUCGUUGCAGUGCAACGCAAUCGCUUCGUCAUGAACACGCCUCGUCGCGCAGACAAACCUUAAAUAGUCGUUCUAGUGGACCUAGCGUACCAUCUUGAUAAGCACAGACUGCCCAGCACUGUCCAAUUGAGUCUAGGGCUUGCCAUCACACCCACACCACGCGCGCACCAGGAUGGGUGGUUACUACAGCAAAAGCUCCAAGAAGAGCAAAGGGCCCGAGAUUACGGAUGCUGACCGCGCAGUGCUGUCACUGAAGACGCAGCGCAAGAAGUUGGAGGACCAGGAGAAACUGAUCAACGCCCGGCUGGAGCGGCAUGCGGAGGUGGCCCGGCAGCUGGCGGCGGAGGGCCGGCGCGACCGGGCGCUGCUGGCGCUGCGCAAGAAGAAGCUGAGUGAGAAGCAGCUGGCGGGGCUGCACACACUCAUCAUCAAUGUGGAGGAGAUGCUGUCCAACAUCGAGACCACCAAGAAGCAGACGGUGGUGUUCGGCGCGCUGCAGCAGAGCAACGACGCCCUGAAGCAGCUGCAGGCGCAGGUGAGGCUGGAGGACGUGCAGCGCCUGCUGGACGACACGGCGGAGGCCAAGGCCUACCAGGAGGAGCUCAGCGCGCUGCUGGGGCAGCAGCUCAGCGACACAGAGGACGCGGAGGUGGAGGCUGAGCUGGCGGCUCUUGAGGAGGUGGUGGUGGAUGAAGAUAAAAUGGCCAUGCCCACCGCACCCAAAACCAAGGUGCCGGAAGUGGAGGCGGCCGCAGCUGCGCGUGCCGCGGCGGAGGCGGCGGCAAAGGCGGCGGCGGCAGCGGCAGAAGAGGAGGAGGAGGCCGAGCCAGAGCCGGCGGUAGAGGGGCGGAAGGCAGAGGCCAUGCUUGCGUCUUGAGAGUCCGUCAGACGAGUAUGCUGUACGUGUUCUGGCGUGUGAGGCAAUCGACUGCAGUUGCGCGUAAGGAGUUAUGCUGUGUGCUUUGCACAGUGCACUUUGUUGUUGUUAGUUAUCUUGCGACGUUACAAAAGGGAAAAUUCAAGUGUGCAAGCACACAGAGACCAUGCAAUGCUACCGAGGAGAGAUGAUGGGCUGCACGCCUGCACUUACAGGGGCGGGAGGUUUGGGGCGAGUUUUGGCGCGAGCAGGCACGAAUUCGGCAACGGCACCACAUGUGCGAUCAUCAAAGGCUGGGUAUGCGGUGUCAGGGAGGUGCCAUGGCGUAGAUGUUGUGCACAGCUGAAUAGGCGACGUAUGUACGUGCAAGCAGAACAAAGGCCAGAUGCGCGAUCUUGCCCGCUCAGCCCCCCGGCGGCGACAUUCAUCGCCGGCGCGGCGCCGCUCGCCCUGCUGCCGGCGCGGCGCCGCUCGCCCUGCUGCUCCACGCGCUCCACGACGCCUCGGCCCCCAUCCCAUAUAAGUAUUAUCGCUUGCAACUAACGCCUCUGCCUGUGCUCCGCUCGUUUUCUUUGUUUUUGGUUUAGUUUGGGCUGGUAUUUACCGUACAACGCAUCCCGUCUCCGUAAAAUCGGUAACUUCAGAACCCCUGACCAUAGAUGUUCCCAACGGCGCUGUGGCUCAGCAUGUUCGCCGCGGGCGGGGGCUGAUCGGCAGGAAACGGUCCAUACCGGCGCCGUGUGGGGGGUGCAGGCGGUGCAACCGGUCAACCCGGCACCCACGUCUGUGGGAAGUGUAAUCAUGCAGUGAC